AAACACAGACAUAUUUUUUUUAUGAUUACAAACCAGACAGGGCUUUGUUAAAAUUGUUAUAUGUAAAGUAACAACAUUGGUAGACAAAAUUUGAAAAAAUAUAAAAUAAAUUAAAGUGAAACAAACAAUUAAAUGUUAAAUGUUCUCCACAGUCUUCAUUAUCAAUGUUCACAUUUGACAUCAAUACUGUUGAUAAAUGAGCACAAAGUAAGUUAAUAUGUGACAUUUCUAAUACAUCUAAAUGAGUAUAUGCAUGUGCAUGUCCACAAACACAUGCAGGUUCUUACAGGUUUACUGGUGAGUUGAUCCACAAGACAUUUUCAGUUUCUAUAUAUUUAUGUAUUUAUUUAUUUAUUUUUUGCAUGGUCUUCUGCAGGUGGCAAAAACAAACAAACAAACAAACAAACAAAAAACUCCCUAACCCAAAACUUGUUGCGGAAAGGUCUCCAGUCUGACUGGCAGGUUAAUUUAUGUGUUCAAAACUACAUACACGGCACAAAACAAACAAAGAAACAAAAAAACCAACAAAUAACAGAACCAUGUCGUCCAUGAGUCACAAAUACGUCUAUUUGUUGACCAACUGUUCCACACAGAAAUAUACAACUUACAAACCACAGAGCCAUGCCAUCAUCUUCGCCCCCCAUCAUGCUUCACAUCAACUUUUAACCAACACAGAGGUCAGACGAAGUUCAGUACAUAAGAUUAUCCUUAGAACAAUGCAUGCUCUUGUCUUUUUAUGUGCCCUGGUACUUUUAUUUUGGCAGUACUGUACAAUAUUUUGUAUAGACACUAGUUAUGAUCAGGUCUUUUGCUCAUUAACAGCAUGUUUCUGUAGGCAGAUAGUUGGAGAAUCACACGGCAGUUCAGUAAGGCACCUUCUCAUAAAAGCGGAGUACUACUGAGCACAACACUGGUGAAAGGCACAACACUGAACAGACGAAGGGAAGCAACAGCCAAGAAUAGAGAAAGUGCCGAGGAAAGCAGAGAUUUCUCCAGCUGUAAGGAGCAUAGCACGCCCCCACCCCACCUGUUGCUGUUUGAUGAUAUUCAAUUGGCUGAAAAAAGGCGUUUCCCUUGACCAGAACAGCAGGAAGCUGCCACAGCCAUCAUGAGUGAAUUCAGGAUCCACCAUGAUGUGAACGAGCUGCUCAGCCUCCUGCAGGUCCGAGGAGGGGAUGGGGCGGAGGGAUAUAUCGACCUGCUGCAGAAGCACAGGACUCCUUAUGUCACCACCACAGUCUCUGCUCACAGUGCCAAGGUGAAAUUAGCAGAGUUCUCAAAAACACCUGAAGACUUUCUGAGGAAAUACGAGGAGCUGAAGUCCAAAAAUGUCCGUAAUCUUGACCCUCUGGUAUAUCUGCUCUCCAAACUUUGUGAGGAUAAAGAGACACUUCAGUCUCUACAACAGAAUGCCAAAGAGAGGUCAGAGUCUUCAAACCCAACCACCGCCACCAGUUACACUCUGCCUCAAACCAGCACAAAGAUGUCCAUGCAGGAGCUGGAUGAACUGCGGAAGAAGCUCGGCAACGUGACGGCCAGCUCCAACGCCCCUUUGCCUGCUGAAGUCACACGGAAGAUGCUGAGAGACAAACACAACAAGAAGAACCCCACACAGCCCAACCCCGUGUUUCCUAACUGGGUCUACGACCGUCCCGCUCUCAUCGGAGACUUCAUCACCAGCCCUGCUCCUGCAGAUCAAGCUGUCACCAUCGGCACGUUGCCCCUCCCCUCUCAGGAGCAGUUUGUGGUUGAGGAUCUGCUGUUCGUCCUGGUUGGGGUGGACGGACGGGACAUCACCGCUCAGCCUGUCCUGGGGAGGCAGAACCGCUCUUUUAUAGUUGAUGCAACGCUGGACAUGUCCAUCAAGGAGCUGGUUAACAGAAUAUUGCCAGUCGCAUCAUAUUACUCCACUGUAACACGGUUCAUUGAGGAGAAGUCGUCCUUUGAGUACGGCCAGGUGAACCACGCUCUGACGGCGGCGAUGAGGACCCUGAUGAAGGAGUACCUGAUUCUGGUCACUCAGCUGGAGCACCUCCAGCGGCAAGGCCUUCUGUCUCUGCAGAAACUCUGGUUCUACAUCCAACCCACCAUGAGGACCAUGGAGAUCCUGGCGUCUAUCGCUUCUUCUUUGGACAAAGGGGAAUGUAUGGGCGGAGCGACACUGAGCCUUCUUCAUGACCGGACCUUCAACUACACGGGCGACAGCCAGGCCCAGGAGCUGUGCCUCUACCUCACUAAAGCAGCCAGCGUCCCCUACUUUGAAAUCCUGGAGAAGUGGAUCUACAGAGGAAUCAUCAAGGAUCCCUACAGCGAGUUUAUGGUGGAGGAGCACGAGCUGCAGAAGGAGAAAAUCCAGGAAGAUUACAACGACAAAUACUGGGAUCAGAGAUACACCAUCGUACAGCACCGGAUCCCCUCUUUUCUCCAGAAAAUGGCCGACAAAAUUCUGAGCACAGGAAAGUACCUGAAUGUGGUGCGGGAGUGCGGCCGAGAUGUGACGUGUCCGGAGGCCAAGGAGGUGCUGUACACGCUGAAGGAACGGGCCUACGUGGAGCAGAUAGAGAAAUCUUACAACUACGCCAGCAAGGUCCUGCUGGACUUCCUCAUGGAUGAGAAGGAGUUGGUUUUACGUCUCAGGUCAAUCAAGCACUACUUUUUAAUGGACAAAGGAGAUUUCUUUGUGCACUUCAUGGACCUGACAGAGGAGGAGCUAAAGAAACCGGUUGAUGACAUUGUUCCUCCCCGACUCGAAGCGCUGCUGGAGCUGGCUCUGAGGAUGAGCACGGCCAACACCGACCCCUUCAAAGACGACCUGAAGAUCGACUUGAUGCCUCAUGAUGUCAUCACUCAGCUGCUGCGCGUGCUCGCCAUUGAGACCAAGCAGGAGAAGGCCAUCAUCAACGCGGAGCCCACCGAUGGGGCCCUCAGCGGCCUGGAGGCUUUCUCCUUCGACUACAUCGUCAAGUGGCCGCUGUCACUCAUCAUCAACAGGAAAGCUCUGACCAGGUACCAGAUGCUUUUCAGACACAUGUUUUACUGCAAACAUGUGGAGCGGCUGCUGUGCAACGUCUGGAUCAGCAACAAAGACUUCAAGUUGUAUUCUCUGCCUUCUGCUAAAUGGUUUGCAGCUGCGUUCGCCCUGCGCCAGAGGAUGCUCAACUUUGUUCAGAACAUCCAGUACUACAUGAUGUUCGAGGUGAUGGAGCCGACCUGGCACAUCAUGGAGAACAACCUGAAAACCGCUUCGAACAUCGACGAUGUUCUGUGCCAUCACACCAGCUUCCUGGACAACUGUUUGAAGGACUGCAUGCUGACGAACCCCGAGCUGCUCAGGAUCUUCUCCAAGCUCAUGUCCGUCUGCGUCACGUUCACUAACUGCAUACAGACAUUUACCCAGAGCAUGAGGUUGGAGCGCCUCUCCCACGAACAGGGAGCGGUGGCCAGACCUGCAGCUGCGAGCGAACAGCUGGAUGAGACGGAGAAAAAGUUUUUAGCCGAGCACGGCCUCCAGUCAGACGCCAGCUUCGAGGCCACCAUCGUCAAGUUCGACAGCAACUUUAGCAUGAUGCUGCUGGACCUGCUGGACAAGCUGAGCAUCUACAGCACCAACGACUGCGAGCACAGCAUGAUCAGCAUCAUCUACAGGCUGGACUUUAACGGAUUCUACACAGAGCGGCUGGAGAGGAUGGCUGUGGAGCGCAGUCAAAAAGCUGCAGCGUAGCAUGUAUUCUCCUGGGUUUGGAAAUAAAAUGUCAUUCUGCAAUAAAAGGACCUCUCCUCAUGGCUGUGCAUCACUCAAAGCGCACCCUUUAACCACUGAUACAUCCAUGUGCAUAUUGCUAUACAAUAUUAUAUGAAAAGUAGUUUUAAUGUGCAGAGUGAUAUUAAUGCUUCAGCUUUGAGAAAUGUAACUCACUGUUGGUAACUUAUUUUAUCUGUAUAGUGGAAAUGUGUAUUUGAAGUUAAAUAAAACUUGUGAUCUUU